AUUCACAAUACAACAAAUAUUAAUAAAGGCAUAGAGCUUUGACGCAGCUCCAUGAAUAUUUACCUAUUAUAUAUGGUAACCACAACCAGACAAGGACACAGCCUAGGGUCAAAUACUCAGUUUUUAUGAAAGAAAUAUCAUGAAUUUAUAGCUUCGUGCCGGUUGUGUGACUAAAUAUAUUCUUAUUUGAACAGUUCAACAUCUACGCCCACCUGUUUGAAUAAAGAUUUGUAGAGAUGCUGGUGUAGUAUUGAAAAGACACGUGUAUUAUGGUGGUGUAUAUUAAGGUGGUUUUUGUGUUAGACGAAUACUUCAUUGGUAUAUAUUGAUCAAGUCAGCAAUUGCUCUGUGUGUAUGUUUGGAAGGAAGACGGGGAGAGAAAUGGAAGACUCACGUGACAAAUGGAGGUACGCCAUUCUCCUCAGUAAGUUUACAUUUAGCUGUAUAGAUGUCUCGAUCUCCAAAUCAUUCGGAGUUAUGAUUCCUGUCAUGGUAGUGGUUCUUCAAACCGAUGCAAAAACGUUGGGUUUCGUGUGCAGUCUCCCGUCAUCUCUCAUAUAUCUGGCCAGUCCGAUCGUUGCCUAUACCUUGAAUAAGGGUUGGAUGUCACCACGGAUGUGCGCUCUGCUCGGUGCAAUCUUCUCAUCCGCUUGUCUUGUGACCGGUGGGAUGAUCUCAUCCAUUCCAGCACUUGCUUUGAGUCUUGCAAUCACAGGCACUGGGUUGUCCAUGGGUUACCUGUCGUCGAAAAUCAUGCUGAACGAAUAUUUCAAAGAGAGUUACGUUUUGGCUGCUGGAAUCGCCAACAUGGGUAACACUACCGGCGCCCUUAUUGCACCUUACAUUGUGGAGAGGGCUCUUAGCGCAUAUGGCUACGUCGGAGCUAUGGUCAUUUUAGGUGGUCUUAGUUUGCACGCCAUUCCAGCGAGCAUUGCUUUAAGAAAUCGCACAGAUGGUAUAGAAGAGAAUCGAAAUGAGGAGGCAGAGGAGAUGCCUACAGUGAUUCUGAUAGAAGAAAUGCCAUCUACAAGUUAUUCCUCGAAGUCAAGAAAGCGGACACACUCUUAUCGUAAAAUAAUGGAAGAUGGAGACGACCGACAUCUAAUUCCUGAAGCGGACCUUGAAAAUAGUCACGAUACAACCAGAGAGAAAUUCAGAUCAUGGCUUCAGAGCUGCAUAGUCAUAAAAGAACCUCUCAUGUGCGUUUCUUCUCCUUCCAUUUUCUUGACCAUGUAUGGACUGACUUCUUGGGUUCUGUUCUUGGUGCCGAGGGCCGAAUGGCAUGGUAUCCCAGGCUCAAAGGCGGUGUUCUUAUCAACUCUAGCCGGUGCAGGGGGUAUCGUGGGACGGUUGGUUUACAUCGCGUUGAUCUACUCUGGUUGCAACGCCAUAGUCAUAUCGCUCGCCUUCAACAUCAUCACAGCAAUUACAUUUCUGCUUGAUCCGCUUAUUAAUACCUUUCCCAAGAUGGGCGCUGUGGCAUUUGUUCAAGGUUGGUGUCUCUUUACCUGUCUCGUUUCGACGUCUGCCUAUCCAAAGUAUGCUGUCGCUCCCGAAAACUUUACUUUCGCAGCUGGUCUUCAGGGUUUGUUGGCUGGAAUGGGAGGAAUGAUUGGCGGUUUCAUGUCAGGGUUCAUAAAAGAUGCCAGUCGAUCCUUCACUACCGUGUUUCUAGUUUUAGGAGGUGUAUUCGUCCUAAACACGAUGACUACAUCGAUGUUUUAUGUCGCCUAUCGCAGGAGAAUGGCCGCAAACUCGUCGAGCGGAGAUUGAAAUGGAUAGCAACCGCACACGUUGUACAUCUUGAUUUGGGAAAUCAUGUGUUUUAUUUUUUUAUGUUUUUAACUUGAGAUGAACAUUAAACUGAUAAUGAAUUAUCUUUAAUAAUAGCCUCCAGUUCGGGGGAAAGGCAAUUUAGUAUACUGAUUGUUGUGGACUGUCGUAUGACUGCUAUGCUGUCGCUACGAAUACUUUCUCUAAAUAUAUUUUAUUCUAAAAAAAACCAAUGAGCAUACCUAGUUACCAAGAAUGCAUAAAGCAUUUCAACUAAAAAGAGGAUGAAAGAGCACUGUCGUAUAAAUUCCUUGCUCAAGGGCAUAGGUGCUGUGGGCCUGUGGCCGGGGACUGAACCGCGGACUUUCAGGGCGCCUUUGACCACUCGGUCACGGCACCUCCACGUAUGUAUUGGAUUUGGCGCGAUCUUUGUCCAGUUUAUUAUUAUUUCGGUUUUAUACCUAUAAGGGAGAAUAUACUAUUAUCCUCAAUGAAACUAAAUUCAAUUGGUCAUCUGGUGUAGUCAUACGGCGGCAUAGAUCUCUUUAUUGUAACGUGAUCAAUAUUGAAAUAUCCAAUAUCGAAGUAUUAUUUUUAAGUUAGAUUAUUAUUUCAUAGCAUUGUUGUUAUUCUGAUUAUGACAUUUUUUCCAUAGGUUCGAAGCAGGUCACAUCAAAUUAAAGAUGUGAAAACCUAGAUAGAUUUCAUCAUAGUAAUUUGACGUCGUAAAACAAAUUAAUGUUUUUGUGUGGUGUAAUGGACUCUACGACUUAUGAUCUGUUCACUAUAAAUACAAAGUUCUGAAAUAAUUAAUUUGAACUUUCAAACCCUCAUUUUUUUUUAUUUCAAAACUAUUAUUUCACAUUCUACACUUACAAUGCAAUCAAAAUUAGUGUUAGAUCUUUAUCAUUAUGAUACUAACAAGGAUGAAUUGAGGUUACCUAAUACAUUGAAGACGAGGUAUAAGUGACGCUUGGAUUGUUUGGUGAGUCAAGAACACUAACUAGGCCCUAACUAUAUUACCAAAUUGAAAUUAUCAGUUUUUCGAGAAAAAAAAAGAAACUUCGAUAACACAAUAAUAUGGAGUCAUAAAAUAGACAUACUAUAUUUUGUAUGAUUUUUUUUAUAGAAAAGAUGGUAGAUGACAUUUCAACAUUUGAUUAAAAAUUCAAGUUGUAAAAAUGUGAACAUAUUGCACUAUAUUUCACUUAGGUAGGCAUGAAGGAAAUAAUUUUGAAUGAAAUAAUUCAUUUAAUUCAACGAGUAGUAUAAUUUAAAUUUGAAGGGAUAGAAGAUGUUGUUUGUUCAAUAACGAUUACGAAUUCAAUUGUUACAUUUCAAAGUUUUCAAAGCAUAUCAAAUUUGAUAAUGAUGUUUUCAACUGCUAAGAUGAUUCCAUGUACAUUUAUAAAUAGUUUACUGUCAGAAAUAUGGUUUGGUUAAAGCUGUAUAGGCAUAUUUAUAAGAAAUGCCAGCUUAGUAGUUUUGAUUAUCUGGUCAAUCAAGUAUAGGCCUACACCGUAAACCAUACAUGAUCUUUCGCUGAAACUCCGUUCGGGAAUUAGUCCCCCCCCCCCCCAUUUCAUUGCAUAUUUCGAUAUUUAACUCACAUUUGCAUAUGUAUAAAUUAUGUAUUUGAUAAUACACGACGUUUAAUUCAGUAUCUUUUUAUCUUGUUACUCGCCGCUUGGCAUACAUGAUAGUUUCUCUACUUUAUGCUGCACUUUUUUCAACUUUCAAUUGACACAAAGUCUAGCAACCACUGUGUCAUUAUGUGACAUACAUGUAAAACGGCAAUUUGAAGUGCAAUGCAAUAUCAUAAAAGGAAGGCCGUUGGUACUAAAGUGACAUGGUGGUUUAAAAUUUAAUGAGAUAAGCACCAACUUUUAUGUCUUGAUUAUUCAUAUAUUCUUUUGAGUUGUGUUUUUCAUUUACAUCCACAAACAAACAAUGUGUCCACGAACGACUGGUAAACAGUUUGCCAGGUACAUUGUACAACAUGCUAUAAUAUGCAUUCAAAGUAGAAAUGCAACAAAUACUUUCAUAAAGUGUUCAUUGAAGUGCUAUUCUAGUCAUCUGGUCUAUUCAAUUUCUUCAUCCUGCUAUGUAAGGCAUGCUUACGUAAUAACUUGCUUUGAAAUCUGCCUAUCAUAAUGAAAGAAAUGAAAAGUCAUUUGACCUAAAUUGUCCAUGAAGUAACUACGAACUGGUCUAUUGUGUAUGAACAAAUCUGAUUAAAGAUCAAAGGGGUUUAACAUAACAGCACAUCAAUGCAAAGUUGUGUAUUAACAAAACUGAUUAAAAGAUGAAAAAGUAUUUACAAAAUAUCUGUGGAACCCUGUGUACUUACUGCAGGUACAACGGAAAUCAACUCAAGACGUUUUUUUAAACUGUUUCACAAGACGGUAAACGAAAAUUAACGUAAAACUGCAUUUCAAUUUAGCUAAACCCUCCCAUCAACUGACAAAGCAAUAACAUCAUUUUGCGAAAUGAAAAAGAGGCUUUACCUUAUUCCUUGAGCAGAAAUCGAACCAACAAUAAUUAUUCUCUGAUUAAGAGAAGAGAAUCAACAACACCAUGGCGCUUCGACUCUGGAUGAAUUUUACUUCAGUGCACUAUAUAGGUAAUGGCGGCCGUAACUGGGAGGUGGGGGCUUAAAAAGAAGUACGAAAGCAAUUACGAUGGAUUGUGCAACGAGCCAGAUGCGUUACUAUGUCAGUGCAUAUAUCAUCUUUUGUUGGCGUACCUGAAGCAAGGUCUUAUAAUAGAUGGACAUUCCAUGCGAUUUUGAUUGAAUCAAGAUCCAAUGCCGAUUAAGUAAAUCUUAAUGAGAACAUUCAGCUGGUCUAACAAUGAAACUGUCAAUAAGUAUCCUUAGGUGAUGAGAAAGGAGUCGCUCAUCCAAUCUCGAAUAUCUCCUAAUAAACUGGGAAACUCGACUG